GAAUAAUUUUGAUGUUCAUAGUACGAAGAAGUGAAAAUUUUAAGUGGCCAAUUAAUAAUAAAAAACAUGCAUCAGAGACUAAAUCAAGGCCUUUUUGUGGAUCUUGUGUCAAUACUUGCCCGAACUGCCCAGGUUUCAAGCUCUGAGGUCGUAUCAAGCUGUGCCCUGUAGAGCAUUUUAUCUUUUGGAGGAGUCAUAAAAUACAUAUCAAAGGAAUAACUAAAUUAAUACAUUACUAUAUAAUGUUAUUUUGCAGUUUGGUUGAGAUGUUAUUCAACCAUGAUUUCAUCCGAACAUCGUAGCUUCUAUCGCUCUAUAUACUUUAAACCACGAAUCCAACGCCACGUGUCAACUUCUACAGCUGUAUGCAAUCAUCAAUCCAUCUCACAUGGUAGUUUCUACCGCUGUAUGACAUUAAUUUAUUCCACGAAUUCAAUAUCACGCGACAUCUUCUUCCGCUAUGACAUUAAUUGUAACUUUGGAUCCAGCACCACGUGACAACUUCUACCGCUUUAUGAAAUUAAUUUAAACAAUGAAUACAUCACCACGUGACAACUUCUACUGCUGUAUGACAUUAAUUGUCGAUAAUGGCAAUGAAGCAGCUUGGGGAUUGCUUGAUUUUCAUUUAUCAAAGCAAGGUAUCACGUUAAAGGGUUUCAUAGAAAACAACCAACAUGAGAUUUAUCAUUUAUGCUACCAUAAUAGUCGUUGCUGCCGAUGUCAUAAUGCUACUGUCAAUAAACCUCAAAGUAGAAUACUCUUUCAAACACAGUUAAACAUUCUGCUAGAUACCAAAGGAAGCAACAUUCCAUGCUACUUACCAAAACAUGGAAAACCCACUUGUACCCAUACGAUAAAUGACAAUUAUGCAAAUCCAAAUAUUGCUACAAAUCAGUUAGACUUGACGCUUUGUAGGUGCUUAUUAUUCAAUUUUACAAAUAUACUCCCACACGGAUCAGUUGAGAGGACUGCAUUUGGAGAUCUCAUUGAUAUGCGAAACAAGUGCUGCCAUGCUGCUAAAGGAGAAAUUCCAAGCAAUGAUUACCAGGCAUAUAAAUCACAGAUUGAACAAUGUCUCUUGGCAUUAGCUCAAGUAUAUGGAAAGACCUACGACAUGCAACUUAAAAUCAAAGAUGCGGAGAAACGACCAUUUGAUGAAAGUAUUUGUAAACAGCUGCAGCAAACCAUUUUGCAAGAACAAGUAUUACAGGGUGUAUUAGGAUUGCAUAAACAUAUAGAAUCCAGUCAGGAAGCAGAAGAGCGUACGACCAUCGAAAUACAGAAAAUGGGAAAAAGUACAAAGAGAACAUUACGAGUAGUAAAUUCAAGUAUGAAAUCAGCAGGACAUACUGCCUCGAAAAUAAAAAAAAUCGAAGAAAGUACAAAGAGAACAUUAAUGUUUGUAAAGUCAAGUAAAAGAUCAGUAGAAGGAAAAUUGAAAGUAAAUACAGAGAGAACAAUGCAUGCCAUAGAUUCAAGUCGAGAAGCAGAAGAAAGUACGGCCACUAAGAUUCAAAAGCUUGAUGAACGUCUGUCAAAAUGUGAGACAUCCAAAAGGAGUCGACUUCUAGGUUUAACACAAACAGAAAUUGAAGGACAUUUGAUGGAAGGUACCUUUGUGGAAACACCUGCUGUACAGGCUUGUAUCAAACUACUGGAAACGAACUCACUUCUUGUGCUAACAGGGGCAGCUGGUACAGGAAAAAGUAGAAACAGCUUAGAAAUACUACACCAGUUCCGGGUCAAACAUCCGGGAUAUGAAACAGUUAAACUUACAAACUUGCAUGAUUUUGCUGAUGUGGUUACGGCUGAGGAAAAGCUGGUCAUAUUGUUUGAAGAUAUUUUUGGUAGAACUAAUACAAAGUUUAAGGAGAAUACAGAUAUUCAAAUUAUCGAUAGAUUACAUGCAUGCACUAUUAAGGGUAAUAUUAAGGUUAUCUUAACAGUACGAAAUACAAUUAGAACGUCUUGUCAAUGGGUUUUAAUCUCACACAAAAUAUUCCAUGGUACGUGUGAAGUAGAUCUUAGUUCACAAAAAUUCAAAAUGACCAAAACUGAAAAGAAAUCGCUACUUUCAAAAUAUUUUGUGGUAAAUAAUUUUCGUCUUCUUGAAGUUGAUGAUCAAGAAAACUAUUUUGAAGAAACAAUUUUGGAUCCUCAAAUAGCUGUCACUAUUAAUCGAGAAACAUUGAACAAAAUAGUUGAAUCAGAACCAUUUCUUGGUUUCCCUGAAGCUUGUUCUUUAUUUACGGGCAACAGAAAACUCACUCGUCUUGGUUUAAGUUUCUUCAAACACCCAUCCAAAUAUUUAUUUGAAGAAAUUGAGAAACUUAGGAUUAAUGGAGCUGACAAUCACCAGGACAGAAUGUCUUAUAUAACACUAGUUUACAUAUUUUUAAACGACGAUGUUCUUGACCCAGAAGAUAUAGACAGUGAAAAAUGUCUUGAAAUAUCAGAGUCAUGCUAUGGGAGCUCAUAUAAAAAAUUUCCAACAUGCCAUAUUAGAGAUGCUGCAAAUUGGAUGAUAGGCAAAUAUCUGACAUUACAAUGCGAUAAAGAUACAUAUCACUUCCAGCAUCAAACCAUAUUAGAAAGUAUCUUAAUAUCAUAUAGUAGAAUCGAUCAGAAUCUAAUCUUGUCAAGGCUAAGCUUUGAUUUUAUAAGAGAGUUGGUACGACUUCAAAAUUAUUUCUUGAAAGAAGGUGAGAUCGUGAUGAAAAUAUCUCCAAAAUAUUAUCCAAAACUUGCUGACCGAAUAAUAAAAAUAGUGCAAUCGGAAUAUUUUAACAAUUCAUUGUCAAUCACUAUUCAGUUGUUGUGUGAUUCAGACAUAAUAAGAGAAAAUGAUGAACGUUUCGUCAAAUGUUUGAUUGACAAAGCACACGAUGUUUAUUUUCAGCCAGACUAUGCUUUACAGUCAUAUACAACGAACAACGGUGAAUUCAGACUUUGCAAACUUUAUUUACCUGCGCUUUUUCUGGGGCGUAUUGUGCAGCAAAGAGAAAUGAUUAAAACUAUUUCUCUGUUGCUUGAUCAUGUGAAGUUCAUCUUGAGUUCUGAUACUGGAGACGACAUUAAAUUUGUCUGUAAUUCAACCCUGUCAGAAGCAUUUUUACAUGUUUGUGAAUUAGAAAGCAAUGAAAAGAUUUUAGACAAUGUAUGGGAAUCUGUUGAGAAAUUGAAUAAGUUAAAAAUGAAAGAAUACAUGAGAAAUGUUAUCAGUACAGUAUGUUCCAGAUGUCCAGUAACAACGAUGAAAUGGAUGUUGAACAACAUUGACCGAAGUACAUUUGAAAUGAAGCAUUUAAUAAAUAGGGCCUGUGAAUUCAAAAGACUUGAUGUUGUACAGUUGAUAUGCGCAACUGUAAACCAUGACCAGCUUGACUUUACAUCAGCCUUUCUUCUGGCAUUAAAUAAUGUCAGGAACGACCCAGAUGGGCUAGUUUCAAAAUGGUUGAUAAAGAACAUUGGUCAUCAAUUAUUUGAUAUGAAAAAAAUUACAAGUCAAGUUCUUGUAGUUGGUUGUGUCGACGAUUUGAAGUUUUUAUUGCAAAACGUUGAUAACAACAUUUUAGACAUGAAGUUAGUGUUCACUCAAGUGUGUAAAGAGGAGAGGCACAUCGUAGAAAGUUUUUUGAAAUGGAUGGUAACGAAUGUAGAAAGGGAAAAGUUGAAUACACUUGAAAUGUUGAUUUUGGCAUGUAUGGCCCAGGACAUGGCAGUGGUUAAGAACUUGAUGAAUAAUGUCGAUCAUAAUCUCUUGGAAAUCACGUAUGUGUUAAAGUCUGCGAUAAGUAGUGAUUGGCGAGGAAGCAACAGAGAUUUAAUAGAAUGGCUUUUCUUACAUGUUGAUAUGAAACAUAUCGACAUGAUGCACAUCAUAGAUAUAGCUUUUAAAGAAGGACGAUAUGAAGAGAUUAAGAUAUUGAUACCAUGUAGUAAAGACAAUCUUGUUAGUAUUAACAAUAUUCUGAAAAAUGCAUGUGAAAACAUACAAAUAGAACUUAUAAAAGUUGUGUUGUCUGUUGUUGAUCAUAUCAGACUUAACAUCAGAGACGCUGUUAGAUCAGUUUGUGUAUUAUCGAAAAUAGAUUUAUUAGAAUUUUUCUUGUAUAAUGUAGAUUAUAGUUUAUAUGACGCAAACUACGUAAUGGAAGUCUCCUGUAGGUAUGGAUGGGUCCAUAUUGUGAAGUGGUUGUUAGACAACGUUGAAUAUUCAUCGUUUGAUAUACCUUCAGCGAUGAAUAUUGUGUUACGUAGACAGUUUGGGGAAUCUGAUAAAGCGUUGGUAAGACUUUUUCUACAAUAUCCUCUUCAGGACAAAGUUCAAAUAACUGAAAUAAUACAAGACUGUUGUUGGUUGGACAUGCUAGAUGUAGUGAAAUGGAUGUUGAAAAAUAUUGAUCAAAAUCAACUUGACAUGAAAUCGGUUAUGAAUACAGCCUGUAUUCGAAAUAAUGUUCAGCUGGUCCAAUGGUUAUUAUCGAAUGUAAGCACUAACUUGUUAGACUUGCCUUCUGCAUUUAAUAACACCAUACAUGCAAACCAUCCUGUUUUGAAUGUUUCUCUGGUAAAGAUUUUGAUAGGUAAUAUCGAUCAUAAGCUAAUUGAUAUGGCAAGCUUAUUAAAGAUAGGAUGUGAGCAAUUUUGGUAUGACAUUGUUGAAUGGGUCUUAGAAAAUGCAGAUCAUACACUAUUAGAUGUAAAAGAAGAGAUGAACAUAUUUUACGACAAUUGGAAGUAUGACUUCACCAUAUGCUGCGAUGAGGAAAUUAGUAAUAGAAGGGAAAAGUAUGAACCCUUGAUGAUACUGAUUCUUGAGAAAGUAAAUCAUAACUCACUUGACUUACAGAAAGUAUUUUAUACAGCAUGUCAAUAUGGUGCAUUAGAAGUUGUCACAUUAGUUUUAGAAAAUAGCAGUCAUGAAAUGUUGGAUAUGAACAAAGCAAUGAAUAUAGUUUACGAGAGUUGGAAGAUUGAAUUCUCCUUCUGCUGUGGCGGAGAUAUUAAUGAUAUAAGUAAAAAGUAUGUUCCUUUGGUGAAAUUGAUUCUUGAAAAAGUGCAUCAUGACUUUCUUGACUUAAAUAUGGUAUUGAAUCAAGCAUGUCGUUAUGGUUGUAUAGACGUUGUCACUUUUGUGUUAGAAACCGUCGAUCAUGAAAAGGUAGAUGUAACUGAAGCAAUCAACAGAGUAAACUCACUGGGGGACAACGGCAAUAAUGAUAGUAUUAGAAAAAUUUAUGAGACUUUAAUCAAACUCAUUAUCAAGAAGACAAAUCAUGACUCUCUUGACUUGAAAAAAGUAUUAAAUCAAGCCUGUUGGUUUAGUUGUUUAGAAAUUGUCAAAUUUUUGAUAGAAAAUAUCGAUCAUGAAAAGUUGGAUUUAACGGAAGCAGUAAACAAACUUUGCAGGGACUAUGACGAUGAUAAUACUGUUCAAAUUGAAAAAUGCGAACCUUUGAUCAAACUGAUUCUUGAGAAAAUGAAUCUUAACUCACUUGACUUGACAAAAGUAUUGAAUCAAGCAUGUCGGUAUGGUUAUCUAGACGUUGUCAAGUUUGUGUUAGACAAUAUCGAUCAUGAAAAAUUAGAUCUUAAUGAAGCAAUGAAUAUGGCAUACGACCAACGUGGUAACAAUAUCUUAGGCUGUAGAAAACAAAAGUAUGAGCCUCUGAUCAAACUGAUUCUCGAGCAAGUAAAUCAUACCUCACUUGACUUGAAAAAAGUGUUCAAUCAAGCAUGUCUGUAUGGUUGUUCAGACGUUUUCACGUUCAUGUUAGAAAAUAUCGAUCAUGAAAAGUUAGAUAUAAUGAAAGCAGUAAACAAUGCAUUCAGCAUAUUUUGGGACGAUGAUAAUUGUGAGCAAAGAGAAAAGAAGGAAUCGUUGAUCAAACUGAUUCUCGAAAAAGUGGAUCAUGACUUUCUUGACUUGAAAGAGAUAAUGAAAAUAGCAUGUCGUUAUGUUUAUCAAGAUGUUGUCUCGUUUUUGUUGGAAAAUACCAAUCAUGAAAAGUUAGAUAUAAUGAAAGCAGUAAACAUUGCAUACAGUUCAAUCAGUGACGAAGAUGACGACGAGGAUGAUAUUUACGAGAAAAGAGAAAAGAAGGAACCGUUAAUCAAACUGAUUCUCGAAAAAGUGGAUCAUGACUUACUUGACUUGAAAGAGAUAAUGAACGAAGCAUGGUUUUAUGGUUUUCAAGACGUUGUCACGUUUUUGUUGGAAAAUGCCGAUCAUGAAAAGUUAGAUAUAAUGAAAGUAGUAAACAUUGCAUACAGCCCAUUUUGUGACAGUGAUGAUAUCAAUGAGCAAGGAGAUAAGAAGGAACCUAUGAUCAAACUGAUUCUCGAAAAAGUGGAUCACGACUUACUUGACUUGAAAGAGAUAAUGAACGAAGCUUGUCGUUAUUGUUAUUUAGAUGUUGUCACGUUUUUGUUGGAAAAUGCCGAUCAUGAAAAGUUAGAUAUAAUGAAAGCAGUAAACAGUGCAUACAAAUCAUUUUGGUACGAGGAUGAUAUUGAUGAGCAAAGAGAAAAGAAUGAACAUUUAAUCAAACUUAUUCUCGAAAAAGUGGAUCAUGACUUACUUGACUUGAAAGAGAUAAUGAAAAUAGCAUGUCGUUAUGUUUAUCAAGAUGUUGUCUCGUUUUUGUUGGAAAAUACCAAUCAUGAAAAGUUAGAUAUAAUGAAAGCAGUAAACAUUGCAUACAGUUCAAUCAGUGACGAAGAUGACGACGAGGAUGAUAUUUACGAGAAAAGAGAAAAGAAGGAACCGUUAAUCAAACUGAUUCUCGAAAAAGUGGAUCAUGACUUACUUGACUUGAAAGAGAUCAUGAAUAAAGCAUGUCAAUAUGGUUAUCAAGACGUUGUCACGAUUUUGUUGGAAAAUACCAAUCAUGAAAAGUUAGAUAUAAUGAAAGUAGUAAACAUUGCAUACAGUUCAAUCAGUGACGAAGAUGACGACGAGGAUGAUAUUUACGAGAAAAGAGAAAAGAAGGAACCGUUAAUCAAACUGAUUCUUGAAAAAGUGGAUCAUGACUUACUUGACUUGAAUGAGAUAAUGAACGAAGCAUGUUUUUGUGGUUUUCAAGACGUUGUCACGUUUUUGUUGGAAAAUACCGAUCAUGAAAAGUUAGAUAUAAUGAAAGCAGUAAACAGUGCAUACAAAUCAUUUUGGUACAAGGAUAUUAUUUAUGAACAUUUGAUCAUACUGAUUCUCGAAAAAGUGGAUCAUGACUUACUUGACUCGAAAGAGAUAAUGAGCGAAGCAUGUUUUUAUGGUUUUCAAAGACGUUGUCACGUUUUUGUUGGAAAAUACCAAUCAUGAAAAGUUAGAUAUAAUGAAAGCAGUAAACAGUGCAUACAAAUCAUUUUGGUACGAGGAUGAUAUUGAUGAGCAAAGAGAAAAGAAUGAACAUUUAAUCAAACUUAUUCUCGAAAAAGUGGAUCAUGACUUACUUGACUUGAAAGAGAUAAUGAAAAUAGCAUGUCGUUAUGUUUAUCAAGAUGUUGUCUCGUUUUUGUUGGAAAAUACCAAUCAUGAAAAGUUAGAUAUAAUGAAAGCAGUAAACAUUGCAUACAGUUCAAUCAGUGACGAAGAUGACGACGAGGAUGAUAUUUACGAGAAAAGAGAAAAGAAGGAACCGUUAAUCAAACUGAUUCUCGAAAAAGUGGAUCAUGACUUACUUGACUUGAAAGAGAUCAUGAAUAAAGCAUGUCAAUAUGGUUAUCAAGACGUUGUCACGAUUUUGUUGGAAAAUACCAAUCAUGAAAAGUUAGAUAUAAUGAAAGUAGUAAACAUUGCAUACAGUUCAAUCAGUGACGAAGAUGACGACGAGGAUGAUAUUUACGAGAAAAGAGAAAAGAAGGAACCGUUAAUCAAACUGAUUCUUGAAAAAGUGGAUCAUGACUUACUUGACUUGAAUGAGAUAAUGAACGAAGCAUGUUUUUGUGGUUUUCAAGACGUUGUCACGUUUUUGUUGGAAAAUACCGAUCAUGAAAAGUUAGAUAUAAUGAAAGCAGUAAACAGUGCAUACAAAUCAUUUUGGUACAAGGAUAUUAUUUAUGAACAUUUGAUCAUACUGAUUCUCGAAAAAGUGGAUCAUGACUUACUUGACUCGAAAGAGAUAAUGAGCGAAGCAUGUUUUUAUGGUUUUCAAGACGUUGUCACGUUUUUGUUGGAAAAUACCAAUCAUGAAAAGCUAGAUAUAAUGAAAGCAGUAAAAAAUGCACUCGGUCUAUUUCAGGACGAUGAUAAUAUCAAUGAGCAAAGAGAAACGAGGGAAUCUAUGAUCAAACUGAUUCUCGAAAAAGUGGAUCACGACUUUCUUGUCUUGAAAGAGAUAAUGAACAAAGCAUGUCAAUAUGGUUAUCAAAACGUUGUCACGUUUUUGUUGGAAAAAACCAAUCAUGAAAAGUUAGAUAUAAUGAAAGCAGUAAACAGUGCAUACAACUCAUUUUGGUACAAGGAUGAUAUUUAUAAACAUUUGAUCAUACUGAUUCUCGAAAAAGUGGAUCAUGACUUACUUGACUUGAAAGAGAUAAUGAACAAAGCAUGUCAAUAUGGUUAUCAAAACGUUGUCACGUUUUUGUUGGAAAAAACCAAUCAUGAAAAGUUAGAUAUAAUGAAAGCAGUAAAAAAUGCAUACGAUCCAUUUCGGGACGAUGAUGAUAUCAAUGAGCAAAGAGAAAAGAGGGAAUCUAUGAUCAAACUGAUUCUCGAAAAAGUGGAUCACGACUUUCUUGUUUUGAAAGAGAUAAUGAACGAAGCAUGUCGUUAUGGUUAUUUAGCCGUUGUCACGUUUCUGUUGGAAAAUUUCGUUCAUGAAAAACUAGAUAUAAUGAAAGCAGUAAACAGUGCAUACAGCUCAAACAAGGGUGGGGAUUACGACGAGGAUGAUAUCAAUGAUCAAAGAGAAAAGAAGGAACCGUUAAUCAGACUGAUUCUCGAAAAAGUGAAUAAUGACUUACUUGACUUGAAGGAGAUAAUAGACGACGCAUUUUGUUAUGGUUAUCUAGAUGUUGUCACGUUUUUGUUAGAAAACACCGAUCAUGAAAAGUUGCAUAUAAUGGAAGCAGUAAACAAAGCAUGCAACCAAUCGAUAGAUGAGGAAACUGACGACAAUAGUAGUAAUGAAAAACUUAUAAAAAUAUUAUUACAGAAAGUAAAAACUGACCUACUUGAUAUGGAGAUACUGAUGAACGAAGCCUGUAGAAACGGUUGGUUAGAUAUUGUCAGAUGGUUAAUUGAAAAUAUUGAUCAUGCUAUGUUUGAUGUAGACACUGCAAUCACUGUUUUUAUUCUUCAUGAUAGCGACGAAACUCUUGACAUUUUCGUGUUAAUAUUACAAAACAUAAGUCCAAAUUUGUUUAAUAUAGGAACUGUUAUCGAACAAGCUUCUCGUCUGAACCACACUGACAAAGUUUUGUGGUUAUUACAAAAUAAGGAUAGUUCAUUAUUUGAAAUGAAAUAUGUGAUGAAUGAGGCUUGCCGAAAUAGUAAUCUACAGAUAAUAAAAUACGUCAUGGAAAAUAUGGACAAAGAUUGUUUCGAUGUUAGGACGGCAAUGAAUAAAGCAUGUCGCAGUUCAAAACCGAAUUCUCUAGUAGCAGUAAAAUGGCUUUUGGAAAAUAUUCCACAUGAUAUGUUAGAUUUGGAAAGCGCAAUGAACAAUGCAUGUCGUUAUGAAAUAAUUGAUGUUGUUGUAUGGUUCUGGACAACACUAGAUAGAAAAUUGUUUAAUGUAAAAACCGCAUGGAACAAUGCAUGUUAUAAUUGUAACGAGGCAUUACUAUCAUACCUAAUCAACAAUAUGGACGAAAACAUGUUGGAUAAAUCCAAGGCAAUGUCGCAGGCUUGUCGGAAUUAUGAGGGAGGAGAUAAGGUUAUUGCAUUGCUUUUUGAACAACCAAACAUGAACACAGCAGAAAACUGUAAAAAUGUACUGAAAGAAGCGUGCGUUCGCUCUAAUCGACCUAUAGUAGAGUGGUUGUUGGAAAAUACUGAUAUUCAACCAUCAGAAUUAAAAGAAACGCUAAUAUACGCUAUCAAAGCUACUACAAAUAAAUCAAAUGAUGAAGAUAAAUCUGAUCACGAAGUUCUUGUUUGGCUUAUGAUAAAGCAUCAAAAGAUUAAAAAACUUGAUCGAAAUGAUUUGUCUGAUGUUAUGGAAGCUGUAAGCAGUAUAGGACAGUUAGACAUGGUACAAUGGCUUUUGCACAACACAGAACAAAGCAUGUUUAAUAUGCGGGUUAUCAUUAACACGGCCUGUGAACUUGGAAAAUUUGAAAUCGUUGAUUGGUUUCUGCAGAACAUUGAUUUAACAAACACUGACGUGCAAACAGUGAUGGUAGAAUCAUGUGGUUAUGGCUGGUUAACAAUCGUAAAAUUGCUAUGGUCAAAAUUUCAAAAGGAAAAUUUUGAUAUGAAGACUUCAAUGGACGAGGCUUGUUCAUAUGGUCGAUAUGAGAUUGUAAAAUUUCUUCUGGAAAAUGUUGAUUCUAAGUUUCUCGAUACUAAUUUAGUAUUAGAGAAAGCGUGUGGGUACGGAUGGAAAGAUAUUAUCCUUUGGUUGUUUGCCAAUGUAGGUAAUAUAUCUAUUAAUUUAGAGGCAUGCAUGUUUGAAGCGUGCGUGCAAGGUAGACUUGAAAUAGUUGAACUAUUGAUUUCAAAAUAUGGUAUAAAUAACUUUGAUGUGGACAUAUUGAUUGGUAUAUCAUGUAAGAACAGUGGCAACAGAGGUGUCAUGAAGUUUCUAAUCGAAAACUUUGACCUUACACAAUCACAUAUAAAUAUCAUUGUUAGAACUGCAUGCAAAUAUGGUUGGACGGAAAUCUUAACAUCGAUUUUAGAUAGUUGCAAACAUAACAAAAAUCUCAUGGAAGAAGCCAUAAAAAAUGCUUGUUAUAGCGGCGAAACUGAAAUUGUUAAAAUACUUCUCGAUAAAGUUGAUGUAAGCUUCGUAGAAAUAAAAAAUGCCAUGAGUAUCUCAUGCCAGAAAGGUUGGGACGAAAUAGUUUCAAUACUGAUAGAACGAGUUGACCAUUCUCUGUUUGAUCUUACUGGUGCGAUGAACGAGGCAUGUCGGUGUGGAGAAGCAGACAUUGUUGAGUUAUUGAUUCAGAAGGUUAAUCACAAAUUCUUUAACUUCGAGAAUGCUGUAAUGGAAGCAUGUCAAAGUCAUUUAAAUGAAAACUUAGUACUUAUUUUGCUUAAAUAUAUUAACAAUUCAACAAGGGAUAUAGAAGAAAUGUCUAAAAAAGCACGCGAAUAUGGAUGGCGUAAAGUGAGUUCCCGUUUGAAAAGGAUGAGUUACAACGAAAACAAAAUUUUUCUAUAAUGCCCACCAACUUAAUUUUCUUAUACGCUAUAUUGGCGCUAGAAUUAUUGUGCAGCAACAAUGAUCAGUGAACUAUAAAAUUGUAUUAAAAAUUAGAAUUGACUUCAAAUAAAAAAAAAAUGCAUAUUGAGCAGGCAGAUUAAGUGGAUGGGACAACAACUGCAGAGUUUACUCCCUUUAUCAAAACAUUUACCUGUGAAUGUAGUGAUUUCACACUAUCACCUUUCUAUGUUCAGUAAACCGAUUCCAACGAGUGUGUAGCUAAAGGUAGAAUCUUUGGUUAGCUUCCUUGCUGGCUAAACCAUGAAAUCAUAAUUAGGUAUGGUACAUCUGGCUUUUUGAUGGAGUCAAUAGUUAAGCAGAGAACCAAUCAGAAUUAAGUCAGUUUUAAUAAAGUGACUUUUUUUAAGUCAGUUUAACAAUAAGUUUUCCAUCAAAAUUAAAAUUAAGUGAUAAUUAUAAGCUCAUUCACAAGCAUGUUGUAGGUGUGUUUGAUUUGCGAAUUUUAUUUUGUUUAUUUUGAUAAAUGGUGAAAAAUUAACUGAAAGCUGAAAUUCUUCGUCAGACAUUACAAAUAAUAAUAUAUUUUACUUGUCUGUUGAAUUUGCUACAUCAAGUUAAUAAAAUGUAGUCGGAUAUGUUUGACAAGUGCUAACCGUAUUUACUUUUACAAAUACACUUAUGUUUACAAUACACCCGGACAGGUAAAAAAAGACUGCAAGGUGUCCAAAAGUACAUAUGGCCUGAUCAUUCAAUCUACAAAUGUAGGUCAGAUUAAAUCUAACUGAAGUAGAGACAUACAAAUUGUUCUUCAUGGCUGCAUUAUUCAUAUGAAACUAAUCGGUAAGGUAAUGUUAACGGACCAAGUGGAUGAUCAUAAACUCUUCAACUUUCAAUUUCAAACUGCAUUUGUUUGCUGUUUUUUUUCGUUGCAUUUUUAACUAAAUAAAAGGCCCACAACCGUGCAUAUAUAUGAAGAAAAGACACUAAGAUUACGUGGAGAAUACACCAAAGACACUCAUUAACUAAACUGCCUAUUCACGGCGUAAUUAUUAAUAAAAAACGUUACUCCGCUUCUUAUUUAUUGUAAUAAAAAGAUUUUUAAUUCAAUCAAAGAUUUAGAAAUGAAAUUUCAUUUGCAAAGUAGUCUAGGAAAACCUUUGUAUCGAACUUACUUAUAUUACAAAUAAUAAUCAGGCCAUUGAUAUAAAUGUUUUCAUUGGAUGAUAAAAUGGCGCUUUGCUCCUCUCAAUUUUAAUGUAAUAAUCAGUUCAUGAUUGAGCAAGGAAGCUAAUCAAAGAUUCUACCUUUAGCUACACACUCGUUGGAAUCGGAUGUAAACAGGCUUCAAAACAGUAAUUUGGAAUACAUUUUCAACAUUUCACAUCAUAAUGAACAUACAAACUAAGUUUCAUGUUAAUGUUUCCACUUCUUAAUGGGUAAAUAUCCUAGCCGAAAACUGUAAUUUGAAACGGAACGAACUAACGGAAAAUUGGAAAAUUUUAUAGUGUAUAAAAUAUAAUAGCCCUUACUACCGUAGGCGCAGUAAAUAAAGUAAAGGUUUUCAUAAAUACGAAAUUACAUUGAAGAAAAAUUGCAAUCAAAUGAAAGCAUUGAUUGAAUGCCAUCUUGAAUAAGUGAGUACUAAUUGCAUCAAGGAAAUCAUAAGUCGUUGUUUAGUAUAACUUCAGUAUAUGAACACCAUCAUAAAUUUUAAAAAAAGGGGAAAGUCAAUGAAUACAAUACCAAAUAUCAUUCAAUAAUACCCUUUCUUUCAGUUGUCCUUUUGUAAAAUCAUUCACAGGUUUUACUUUAUCUGUAUAUAUAGGAUAGGAAAAUUUAUGUCUCGUGGUACGUUGAAAAUAUGCUUAUUAGUAUGAUAUUUAGUAAUUUCUUUUUUUUUUGUGAAUGAUUUCAAUAUUUCAUUUUGCAGUAUGUGAAAUUGAUUAUGUUAAUCAAACUAGUUAAAGUAGAGUUUUAGAAAAUGUAACUUUUCAAGUUGUACAUAUGCAUAGUUUCAGUUAAAUACUGUUUUGUUAUGAUUUUUAAUGUAUGUGAUUAUUAUCAUUUUUGCUUUUAUGAUUACUUUUCAUUUUCUCAUUAUGUAAUUGACAUUAUUAUCAUACUUACAAAAUUGUUUAGGGCACUCAGCUUGUUACCAUUUAAAGUUUUGGACAUUUAUAAAAUUUCAUCACUGUUUGUUUCAGGUUUUUAAUGUCAGGUAAAUUCCCUUAAUUACAGAAAUAUUAUGAUGUAUAGUUAAAUGUUUAUACAUCUCUGUAAAUAUACACUAUCAUCGUCAUGUAACACGCAAUUAUUGAAGUGCAUUCAAUGUUUUCUCCGUUGUUGGUUAACAUUAUUUUUUUGAUUAGUUGUUUAUAUAUUUCAGUAAAAGCGUUUUUGUUAGGUCAUAUUUUUUUCAUAUUUAUAAAGUUUUGCUACCUUUUGUUUUUAGUUUUUAUGUUACAGUACGUUGUUGACAUCAUCAUAUUGUAUAAAAGUUAAGCUUUCAUUAAUUCUAAAAAAAAAUCGAUGUAACUUUAAAAACGGUUUUUUGGAGAGAUUGUAUUUUCACUUAGUAUGUCAUUGUUUCUGACUUUUUAUGCCCCCGCCGUAGCGGAGAGGGCAUAAUAUUUUCCCUUGUCCGUCCGUACGUCCGUCGGUCCCAAAAUUUGUUCGCGUUCUCUAACUUUAGUUAACCUCAACUAAAUGAUGUUAUAAAUCUUGUACACAAUGCUUAUUACCGCAAAACACAGAUCAAGUUUAAAUAAUUGUGGCGUAACUUUAACCGUUCUAAAGUUAUGCCCUUUACAAAGGGAAAAAUUGACGAAAUUUUCGUUUUCCAUUCACUAACUUAAGUUUGCUUCAACCAAAUGUUAUAAAACGUAUACACAAUGCUAAUUACCCAAAAACUCAGUUUAAGUAAGAAUUUGGGUAGCUUGUUACUGUCCUUAAGGUAUGUCUCUUUCUAAUUUUAGAUGCAAGCUUGAACAUCAUCUGUGUCCCAUUGACUCAUUCCCCAAUCAUUUUGUGAUUGUAUUUGUACAUAUAUAGUAUGUCAUUGGCUUUGAUUUUUUUUGUGAUUGUAUUUGUACUUAGUAUGUCAUUGAUUUUAAUUUUUCAUGUAAUUGUAUUUGUACAUAGUAUGUCAUUGUUUUGAAUUUUUGAUGUGAUUGUAUUUGUACAUAGUAUGUCAUUGGCUAUGGUUUUGUUUGGUGAUUGUAUUUGUACUUAGUAUAUCUUUGGCUUUGAUUUUUUUGUGAUUGUAUUUGUACUUAGUAUGAAAUUGGUUUUAAUUAUUUAUGUGAUUAUAUUUGUACUUAACAUGUCAUUGAUUCUGAUUUUUUAUGUGAUUGUAUUUCUGCUUUAUAUUUCAUUGGUUUUGAUGUUUUUCGUGAGACAAAUCAGCCAUAUUUGUAAGUUAUGUAAGCCAUUGUAAGAUAAUAUUAUGUGGUGUUAUCUAUUUUCUGUUUGAAGAAUUUGCAUAUUCCAUGUCAAAGUGAUAAACCAAUUCAUUAUAAAAAAAAUGAGAUGAAGUAUGAUCGCCAACGAGACAGCUAUCAGUGCAGGUCCAAAAUGUCAAAAAUGUACAGACGUAGCUAUAGGUCAGCAUCGCUAUUCAACAAUGAGCAAAAUCCAUACCGUUCAGUCGGCUUUAGAUAUCCCUCAAUUGGUAAUAUGGAAAAUGUGAUUUUUCCCCUUAAAGGUGCAUUAUGUAAAUAACUUUGUAGAUUUUUUAAAAAUCUUAAAGAGCUUGGGUAUUUAGGAAUGAUGCGGUCGUGUUAUUUUAUGAAACUGUAAUUGGAAUAUUUACUGAUUUUGUUUAAUGUCAUUGCAAUAUGAGUAUAUUAUGAUGAAUAAACAUUCCCUUUA